AUGUUUGUAUCCCGCGGCGCGUUGGAAUCGCAAGACGGGCGACGUGGUCAAAGUGUUUUGAUUGAAAUUCAGGAAGGCUGCGAAGUCGACAAGGGUGUCGUUCCAUCUGUUAUUGAAUUCGUUCUACGUGACAUCACUUCCCGGGGGGCUGGCGAAGAGGGCGGUAAAUGUAACAUCGCUUUGACAUGCAUAGACCGUUCCCCGAGGGACUUUCAAAAAAUUGCACGGAAGUCUUCGAUUUCUGCAGAGUGCGUUAUUGAUGGAUUUUCGGAAUGGUACGGCACGCGCGAGAGUAAUGGAGGAGAGAGUGUCUCUAGAGGCCCGGGCUUUCGAAAAGUACACAUCGGGACAGCCGAUCCGUGUUCUGCGCAGCAAGGAUCGAUGACAGAGGAGAUUCUUGGUGUAUGGAAUGCUUCCGUGAAUAGGACCUCUACGCAAAGGAUCGCUAUCAUCGAUUCACUUUCGUCGCUCUUCCGUUUCUGGCCGGGGAUUGACAGCUUUUUAGACCUUCGAGACAAGCUGUAUGCUGCAGCAAAUGAAGGCCACAUAGGUUGUUCAGUGAUAUUUAUUGGGGUUAUACGACAAACGACGCGGGACACGUCCCUCUUGAUCUCUCUGCGGAGAAGUUUUGAAACCCUCGUAACCGUGAAGCAGGGAGAGAUGUUUGUCGGUCACACCACAGUCCGGGCAGUUAGCACGAAUAGCACUUCUAGAGACCUAGUUACGUUGAAAGUCUGCAAGCGAAAACUCUCUGGUCGUGUGCAGCUUGAAGAGGUCGUUGCCAGAAUCGAUCCGGCUACUGGCUUUUUGCAACAGGUCGAAGUCAAGAAUGACAAUUUAAAGAAUGUCCCGGCGUCCUCACGGGAAGAAGAGGAAGAGCAGCGACAAGAGAAGGCACUGAGCCAACUUGGGCUCAGCUUCCGGGUGUCUCUGUCGACCAAGGAAAAGGAAGUGCGUGCUGCUGCCGGUCUACCGUACCUUCAUCAGGAUGAAGGCCUGGCUGAUUCUGGCCUCCAGCUACAUCCAGACUCUCUACAAGUCGGUCGCGGUGGUGCCUAUCUUGACGCCUCCCCAGCGAGUGAAGAUUCUGAUACAGAUAGCGACGAAGAAAUGUUCUCUGAAGACGUGUAA